AGAGGUACUUCAGAAAGAUUUUCACUCUUCUAUUCCAGGUUUUCGUUUUGGCUUGACGUCGAUGCAGUUCCUGCGAGGGUUUCUCUCGCAAUUACAACUUUGCUCACUCUCUCUACGCAGGCUAACGCUGCAAGAAUGGCAUUACCAGAGGUGUCGUACAUGAAAGCGAUCGACGUUUGGAUGGGUGCCUGUAUGAUGUUUGUUUUCGGAGUGAUGAUAGAAUUCACGAUUGUCAACUACGCUCAACGUCAAGCAUCCACUGAUCAUCAAAAUACGAAGAAAGCUCCUGAGGGUUUUAGUCAAAAAGCACAUCGAGUCUUUGACAAGUUUCGUGGUCGAGGAGAGAAUCAUCGAACAUUAGAAGAAGUAAGUACCUGA